AUUUUUGAACUCGGUCAUUUUUUUAGUCAGUUAGAGAUUGUUCAGUUACACAGCAGUGAGCACAGUGUGGAAUGAACUAAUCGUUCCAUUUGGAAUUCUUUGCAACCGUCGUAGAGUGUGCUACAUAUUAAUUUUAACUGGACGGAGUCGGUAACUAUUGCUCGUAUAAUCGCUUAAGGGAGCAUAUUCAGACGCCACCAUGAGGCGAUACGCGUUGAUGGCCCUGAUGCUGGCCUUGUGCCUAGUGGGCACGAGUGCCGGAGUUCUCGCCGAAGAUGAUGAUCUGGUGGAUGACAACGCAAGUGAGGAUUUCGACGAAGACGACGAGGAUCUGCUGCGUCAGUUUGAGGCCCAGCACGUGCAGCGAGAAUUCGAAAAGGAAGAUCAAAUGGCCAGGGAACUGGCUGCGAAGAUUGCAGCCGAACAUUAUAAUUUUCCGGAUGGUAUCGAGAACGCGCCCCGGUUAGUGGAUCCGUGCAAGGGUAUACGUUGUGGAGCGGGUAGAAUUUGCCAGGCCGAUGGUACCGAGGCCAAAUGUAUCUGUAUUCCGGAGUGUCCGGAAGAAUUUGACUCCCGGCGAAAGGUUUGUACCAAUUUGAACGAGACGUGGGAUUCGGCGUGCGAAGUCCAUCGGCAGAGGUGUCUGUGCAAUAUAGACGAUCCACGUUGCCGCGGGGAGGAGGUGAAACAUUUGCACAUCAACUAUUAUGGACGGUGCAGAAACAUGCCGGAAUGCUCUGAGAAUGAUUUAUCAGAUUUCCCACGCCGUAUGCGUGAUUGGUUGUUCAACGUGAUGCGUGACUUGGCUGCUCGUAACGAACUUCCGGAUGCGUACAUGGAGCUAGAGAAUGAGGCCGAAAACAACAUGACCAAACGAUGGACCAACGCUGCCAUUUGGAAGUGGUGCGAUUUGGACAGUCAUCCGAACGAUAACUCUGUAUCUCGACAUGAACUGUUUCCCAUCCGUGCUCCGUUGAUGGCCCUUGAACACUGCAUUGCACCGUUCUUGGAGAGUUGCGAUCCCAACAAUGACCAUAGGAUUACGUUACAGGAAUGGGGUAACUGCUUGGAGCUGGAGGAGGAUGACCUCACUGCCCGCUGCGCGAAAAUCAGAAAGGAGGAUGAGUACGAAAAAAUUGAGCUCGAGUUGGCAGAAAACUGAAAUCUGUUUUAUAACAUAAACAAAAAGCUCCAAAGUCCUAGUACGUAAAAAGUUGGUUGCAGAAUUGUAGAAAUAUAUAAGACAUAGCCAUAUGUCAUACGCUCUUUCAUUAACGAAGACAACAACGAGAUUCUAAUCUUAUUAUCAAACUAUCUAUCUGCGCUUAAUGAUUGUGUACUGUCUAGAGUUAAUUUCGUGUAGAGAAUGAUGUCUUUAUAUAACUGGAUAAAAUAAAGUGAUUCUUUACACAUAAUUUA